AUGACAGAUAAGGAAGGAUUAAUUAAAGAUAUUAAAUUACAACAAGAAGCAAAUUGUUUACGUCGAAUAGCAUUUUGUGGUGUGACAAUGUCAACCGUAGCAACCUUACUCUGUGUCAUAUCGGUUCCAAUGUUCUAUAAUUAUUUACAACAAAUGCAAUCAGUAAUGAUUGAUCAAAUUGAAUUUUGCCGAUCAAGAUCAGAUCAUAUUUGGCGUGAAAUAAUUCGUACACAGUAUCAUGCGAAGUUAAUUGGUACAUUACGAUUAAAACGAUCAGGUGUAGCAAAUUUUGACGUAGAUGACGUGUUACGUAAACAAAAUAAGUAUGAUGCUAUCAUGGCGUGUUGCGGAUGUGGAAUUUCUCCACCUGGACUACCUGGACCACCAGGUUUAGAUGGUAGAGAUGGCGCAGAUGGUAAGAGAGGAGAACCAGGAAAAGACGCCCCAGAUGCUGCUAUUAUUGAACCUCAUAAUAUACCGCUAGAAUGGUGUUUUGAUUGUGAAGAUGGUCCACCAGGUGCAGCUGGUAAACCGGGACCUAAAGGACCACCUGGAAGACCAGGACAAGCUGGAUUUCCAGCUGAAGGUGGACGACGAGGACCUCCAGGACCACCGGGUUUGAUUGGACCACCUGGUACACCUGGAGUACCUGGAAUCAAAGGACCACCAGGAAUACCAGGUCGAGUAAUCGUAAAGGAGCAACCAAGAGGACCACCAGGUUUCGUAGGUCAACCUGGCUUACCUGGAAGACCAGGUUUUCGAGGUUUUCCAGGUGCACCAGGUAGAAUUGGUCCACCUGGACAGCGUGGAAAUGCUGGUAAAGAUGGUACACCUGGUAAACCUGGAAUACCUGGUAGUUUAGGUCCAGCUGGUACAUAUGGUACAACCGGUAGCUGUGAUCAUUGUCCACAACCACGAACAGCACCUGGUUAUUAA